AGUGAAUUUUCUUUGAAAAGAAAAAACCCACCAUUUGAAGAGACCAUCAUCUCUUCUCUCUCUCUCUCUCUCUCUCUCUGCAACAUAAUUAAGCUCUUCUCCAAUGGAACCUAUUGAAAAUAUUGGUGAUGAGUAUCAAAACUAUUGGGAACCUAAAAUGUUUUUCCCAAAUGAAGAGCUUGAUUUUGAUAGGGAUGAUUUUGCAACUUACAAAUUAAGCUCCUUAAUUUUAAGCAGCUGGGCCAUGGAUGAGACGUUUUCCGGCUAUUACGAUUCCAGUUCACCGGACGGUGGUGCUUCGGCGGCAGCUUCUAAGAAUAUUGUUUCGGAGAGGAAUAGGAGGAAGAAGCUUAAUGAUAGGCUCUUUGCUCUAAGAGCUGUGGUCCCCAACAUUAGCAAGAUGGACAAAGCUUCCAUCAUCAAGGAUGCUAUUGAUUACAUCCAAGAACUGCAUGAACAAGAGAGAAGAAUCCAAGCUGAGAUAAUGGAAUUGGAAUCUGGGAAAUUGAAGAAGAGUCCUGGUUAUGAGUAUGAGCAAGAGUUGCCAGUUUUGUUGAGAUCCAAGAAGAAGAAAAUUGACCAAUUCUAUGAUUCUGGUGGCUCUAGAACUUGCCCAAUUGAAGAUCUAGAGAUGAGCGUUGAAUACAUAGGAGAAAAGACUCUGCUAGUGAGCUUGACAUGUAGUAAAAGAACAGAUACAAUGGUGAAACUGUGUGAGGCAUUUGAAUCUUUGAAGCUUAAGAUCAUUACAGCCAAUAUCACAAGCGUCUCAGGGAGGCUUCUCAAGACUGUCUUUAUUGAGGCAAAUGAAGAAGAGAAAGAUCAUUUGAAGAUACAAAUUGAAACAGCUAUUGCAGCACUCAAUGAUCCAGAAAGUCCUAUGAGCAUGUAAUUAAUAUAAUAAUCUCUUUGUUAUGAAUAUGAAUAUGAAUAUUGAGACAUUUUGGCAUUGGAUUUCUUUCACUUGUUUUCCUCCUUUGUCUUCUUCUGCCCUUUCUUUUGUGGGUCGUUGUUUGCUUGAUGAACAUUUUGUAGUUUUGUCUACCUUCUUUGUUACUUGUCUCUCUUUUUCCAAAGAAAUUAUCAUACUCCUAAUGUAUUACAAGUUAGCAAUAAUUGUUUUGAUGUUUCAAAA